AUGAUCAUCAUCCACGAACUGCUGCAUAACCUCGGCUUCUUCCACAUGCAAUCCGCUUACGAAAGAUACAACUAUGUACGCAUCAACUGGGCUAACAUUCGACAAGGGUCGGCCCACAACUUUUACCGCAUGCAACGCAGUCAAGUGAAUCUCUUAGGUCUUCCCUAUGAGUACCAAAGCUGCAUGCACUAUAGUACGCAUGCAUUUAGUAUCAACGGGCAACCAACUAUAGUGGCUACCAGGAGUUUCUCGGGAACGAUGGGUCACAUGGUCUACGUCACCCACUGGGACUGGGUAAGGCUGCGCCGACACUACAACUGUCCUGGAGCGUGGAAUGAGAGGGACAUGCAGGAGUUAAAGGAAGAGGUGGAUCGCACACGACCUUUGAUGUACUCUUCACUACCACAAACUGAAGCCGUUGACAAAGAGAUUGAGAGCACUUUGUAA